AUGCACUCUUGUUUCUCAAAGCGCUACUACAUUCUUAGAUCCACUGAGCUCUCCCGUUACUCUAGCAUCAACUAUCGCUUGUUCGUAAGGUCCACUGUUGGAUCGGACGGCAGCGCCACAUACACAUGCGAGGUGGGGACAUCUACCAGCAUCGCUGUCAGUACUGGCACAGCCAGCCCAUCGCCAGUUCCUACGCAAUGCGCAGCAGGCGGCAAUCCUGACGCCUCUUGUUUCAAUGCGCUCGACCUUCCUGACUUCAUAAUAAACUGGUGGAAUACCAACGAAGGCGAUUGUGGAAGCUACGAUGGAUUCGCCGAUUGCUGGUACGCUAAGAUGACGCCGUACUCGCCGUCUAAAUGCGAUCAGCUCAACACCGACCCGGCCUGCAGUCAACCAUACUGGAAAGACUUCACGGGCUUCAAUAAUGUGCAGAAUUUCUACGUCACGUGGUGCAUCUGGAAUACACAAGGCCUUUUCCUGGACUUGUUCAAUGCCAUCGGCGAUGCGUCGGGCCCCGUUUCUGACGCCAUCGGAAGCAUCGUCAGUCAUACCAUUGAGUAA